AUGGUUUUGUCUAAGACAGCUUCGGAAUCUGAUGUUUCAGUCCAUUCAACUUUUGCUUCUCGUUACGUCCGCAACUCUCUCCCACGAUUUGAGAUGCCUGAGAACUCCAUCCCAAAGGAAGCAGCGUACCAGAUCAUCAACGACGAGCUAAUGCUCGACGGUAACCCAAGGCUAAACCUAGCCUCGUUCGUGACCACAUGGAUGGAGCCAGAGUGUGACAAGCUCAUGAUGGAAUCCAUCAACAAGAAUUACGUUGACAUGGACGAGUACCCUGUCACUACUGAGCUUCAGAACCGUUGCGUCAACAUGAUUGCGCGUCUCUUUAACGCGCCGCUUGGUGAAGGCGAGGCUGCGGUCGGUGUCGGCACCGUGGGAUCGUCUGAGGCAAUUAUGUUGGCCGGGUUAGCUUUUAAGAGACAGUGGCAGAAUAGGCGUAAGGCCCAAGGGCUUCCUUAUGAUAAGCCCAAUAUCGUAACCGGAGCUAAUGUUCAGGUUUGCUGGGAGAAAUUCGCAAGGUAUUUCGAGGUGGAGCUUAAAGAAGUGAAGUUAAGAGAAGGAUAUUACGUGAUGGACCCUGAAAAGGCGGUUGAAAUGGUAGACGAGAACACCAUGUGUGUCGCAGCCAUCCUCGGUUCGACGCUAACCGGAGAAUUCGAAGACGUUAAACUCCUCAAUGACCUCCUAGUCGAGAAAAACAAGCAAACCGGAUGGGACACUGGGAUUCACGUGGACGCAGCAAGUGGUGGGUUUAUUGCACCGUUCUUGUAUCCGGAGCUGGAGUGGGAUUUCCGGUUACCAUUGGUUAAGAGUAUUAAUGUGAGUGGUCACAAAUACGGUUUGGUUUAUGCUGGAAUCGGUUGGGUUGUGUGGAGGACCAAAUCUGAUUUGCCUGAUGAACUUAUCUUCCACAUCAAUUAUCUUGGCGCUGAUCAACCCACCUUCACUCUCAACUUCUCCAAAGGUUCAAGUCAAGUGAUUGCUCAGUACUACCAGCUGAUUCGUCUUGGAUUCGAGGGAUAUCGCAACGUUAUGGAUAAUUGCCACGAAAACAUGAUGGUCCUAAGAGAAGGACUAGAGAAAACGGGACGUUUCAACAUUGUCUCCAAAGAAAACGGUGUUCCCUUAGUGGCAUUUUCUCUAAAAGAUAGUAGCCGUCACGACGAGUUCGAAGUGGCGGAAACUCUCCGCCGCUUCGGAUGGAUCGUUCCAGCCUACACUAUGCCCGCUGAUGCGGAGCACGUGACCGUCCUCCGAGUGGUGAUUCGAGAAGACUUCUCUCGAACCUUAGCCGAGAGAUUGGUCGCAGACUUUGAGAAGGUUCUUCACGAGCUUGAUAUGCUUCCGGCGAGGGUUCACGCCAAGGUGGCUAAUGGAAAAGCUAACGGUGUUAAGAAGACGGAGGAGGAGACGACGAGGGAAGUUACUGCGUAUUGGAAGAAGUUUGUGGAGACAAAGAAGAUUAACAAGAACAAGAUUUGCUAGUAAAAAAAUGAAUGAGUUGAUAUUUUGUUGUUUUAUCUCCAAUUAAGCUACAUUUGAAACCCUUCUCUUACAUGCUACUCGGGUUAUUUUUGGUUUCGAAUUAUAUACUUUUUAUGAUCUGAUGUUCAGGAUUUGUAUUUUGAAUAAAUUUAAACUAAUAUUAUGUAUAUAUAAAGACGUUAUAAUCUUAAAAUAU